AUUUUUUAACACAAGUACAGAGAUUUGGGUUUCAGUUAGGAUUUGCUCGGUUGGUCGAAAGUCACAAGGUUCUGCAAGAGAGGUAUUACUCGCCGAAAACAUUUGACGAAAGGAUGAAAUUUUCAAUUGCACUCUGUUUUGUUAUCAUUGGCCUUUCUUUUUUUGAAAAGCUAGUUCAGGGAGCGAGCUGCAGUUGUAACUGCAAUGAUGGAGGCUCAACGUGUCCCGGGGACUCGGGAAAUCAAAAUACUGUCCCAAUGAGGCUAAUUAAACAGUGUGUGUUUCCUUCAAUGAAUGAUGACAAAGAUGCUGGUCCACUUAAGGCGACAUGCACGUACACCAAGAGAGAAUCACAUACGUCUUUACGAGUGACAUUCAACGGAGCCAUGAGAGUGAUUGGAUGUUCGGGUGGAUGUUGUCGCCGCUGGUUUUUGACAAUAAACGGCCAGGAGUGCAGGAACCCAGCUACAAUCGACACAUCAAUAUACGCAACUGGCGCUGUUAACCGUCAUUCGCCUAAGACUUUAGAUGGUUUUUGCAAUGAAAUACCCAGAGGUCAAGUUACCGUUGGUAUUUCUAUAGGCACGUGUCCUGGUGCAAAAGCUGGUGACGCUUACACAGGGUGGUACUCUGUGUCGCGUAUUAUCAUCGAAGAAGUCUCUCUGUAAAUUUCACGAAUUUUCUCAAGAUUGUAGUGAAUGAGCGUUUAACAAGAAUGCAUGUAUAGUUUUAGAUUAUGUUGAGUCACUUGUGUCGUGUUUAGUCAUAUAAAGGCUUGAAAAAACUUGUAGCGCUAUUGAUUGGGAAUUAAAUUUAUUGUAACGAUCAAGAUCGUUAUGAUACAACAGCAUGCAUUAUAUGCUGGAACUAAUUCCAGGCAAUGAUACAGCGAUUUUGCACGCGAACCAGUUGCUCAAAGUUUGUCGACUUUUGUGACCAAG